AGUAGGUCUGGUUCGUCCUCCAGUCCAGACGGGGGCAGUAAGGCUCACAGCUGCAACGCUGUACGGAGACAAAGAAGCGGCCGUAAGUGAGUUUAUGUACCGGCUACCGUAGAAGACAGCUGUCCCACAGGGAAAUGGACAGGAAUGAAGAUCAGGCCCAAACAAACGGCAGUAAGACGCUGCUCAUCCGCCACUUACCGGCUGAGCUCACCCAGGAUGAGAAGGAGGACCUCUUGAAAUAUUUUGGAGCUCAGUCAGUCAGGGUCUUAUCAAACAGGGGUCGUCUGAAACAUGCAGCCUUUGCGACAUUUAGAAGCGAGAAGUCAGCAGCAAAGGCUCUCAGCAGGAUCCAUCAGUUAGAGGUUCUUGAUCAGACACUUGUUGCAGAGUUUGCAAAAGGUCAAGAUCAAAUCACGGUGUUAAAGGACCCACCAGUGUCAGACAGUGGUGCACAAGUCAAAGGGGAGCAGAAGAAACAGGAGACCAAGCAGCCAGAUGUUCCCCUCAUAGAGACUGGUGUUGCUCCUAGCCUUGGGUUGAAGUUUCAAUCAAACCCCACUUUGAAAUAUUUAUACCCACCACCCUCUACCAGCAUCCUGACAAAUAUAACACAUGCCCUGAUAGCCGUGCCAAAGUUUUAUGUGCAAGUACUUCAUCUGAUGAACAAGAUGAAUUUACCGUGUCCCUUUGGCCCCAUCACUGCUAGACCACCCAUGUUUGAGCACCUGCCUCCUGCUCCACCCAUCCCUAUGCCUCCUCCCUUCCCUCCUGAAUAUCCCCCUUUACCAGAGGAGGAGAUGGAGCUGUCCAGUGAGGAAGAGUCAGAGUAUGAGAGUGGAGAUGAUGAAGACAAAGAGAGGAUUGUUCGUCUGAUGGGCCUGGUCAACCAAGCAUGCAAGAGACCCUUGAGACCAAAAACAGCUUCAAAGAGAAAGAAGCCCAAGAUCAAGGAUCUACUCUAUGCUCCCAAACCAGACUCUCAGAGUGCUCCAGUGCUGCAGCCCUCUGAUGUGUUUGAGCAGCCCCACCCUGCUGGCCCCAAGAAAAUUCAAUUCCACAUUUCCGCUCCAGAGGUGGCAGCUAUUGUGGAAGGAGGUGGGCCGGGUCAGCCUGAUGAUGAAGGCAAAGUAGAUGAGAGCGAGGUCGCCCCUGACAACAGUGUGGAGGUGGCAAAGGCUGAAGGUUUCGGGAAGCUUUACCCCAGCACCCAGACAUCCCAGCAGCAGGAGGAGCACAGCGACGAUGAGCAGGAUCUCACAUCAGGAGUCGUCUCUAGGAAGGAGCUGGAAAAGGGACGGCUGUCAAGAGAUGAGAUAAAAAGGAUGUCUGUGUUUAAAAAUUAUGAACCAGGCGAGCCAACCUGCAGACUGUAUGUGAAGAACAUUGCAAAGCAAGUGGAAGAGAAGGACCUGAAGUACAUCUAUGGGAGAUACAUUGAUCCUUCAUCAGAAGCCGAACGAAACAUGUUUGACAUUGUGUUAAUGAAGGAGGGCCGGAUGAAAGGGCAGGCCUUCGUAGGACUCCCCAGUGAGCAGAGUGCAGAGAAAGCCCUGCGGGAAACCAACGGCUACGUUCUCUAUGACAAACCCCUUGUUGUUCAAUUUGCCAGAUCUGCAAGACCUAAACAAGAUAGCACAGAGACCAAAAAAGGACCAAAACAGCGAUAACCUCAACAGAUGCCAAGGCUUGAUAUUGUGACCCAGCAGAACCAUUUGUAUCCUUAUUCUGCAUAUCCUUUGGAGAAAAAUAAGAGAAUGCGGGCAGUUGAAUUGUAGUUAUUGUGGCACAACUGGAACACCUCGACAUGUAUUGUAGUCUAAAUUUAAAAGGACUGAGAACCACGCUUUGUUUCAGCAGCUUAUUGUGUCUUAUUUUUCCUGAACUAUGUUGUGUAGUGCUAUUUUGGAGUCUUUUAAAUGUCCCUUUACAUUGAUUUCUACCGUGUUUGACUGAA